UAUCAUCCAAAAGGUGCUAGAAUAGAUGUUUCCAUCAACGAAUGUUAUGAUGGGUCAUAUGCAGGAAAUCCUCAGGAUAUCCAUCGUCAGCCAGGUUUUGCAUUCAGUCGAAAUGGACCUGUCAAAAGGACACCAAUCACACACAUAUUGGUGUGCAGACCGAAGCGUACAAAAGCCAGCAUGUCGGAGUUCCUGGAAUCUGAAGAUGGAGAGGUAGAACAGCAGAGAACAUAUAGCAGUGGUCACAAUCGUCUGUAUUUCCAUAGUGAUACUUGCUUGCCUUUGAGACCCCAAGAAAUGGAAGUGGAUAGUGAAGAUGAGAAAGAUCCAGAAUGGCUGAGAGAGAAAACUAUAACACAAAUUGAGGAAUUCUCAGAUGUCAAUGAAGGAGAGAAAGAAGUAAUGAAACUAUGGAAUUUACAUGUCAUGAAGCAUGGGUUUAUUGCAGACAAUCAGAUGAAUAAUGCUUGCAUGCUCUUUGUGGAAAAUUUUGGUCCUACAAUAAUUAAGAAAAAUCUUUGUCAAAACUUCAUGCUUCACUUGGUAAGCAUGCAUGACUUUAAUCUUAUUAGCGUAUCGACUAUAGACAAAGCAGUAUCCAAACUUCAUGAUAUGCAGUAUAAAUCUGAGAAAGGUGAAUCGGCUGUUUCCAUUUUUGAGGAGAUAACAGAAGAACAGUAUGGGGCUGCAAAUGGAUUUAGUGAAACCAAUGGAAGAGAUCGAGCUCUGGAAAACGACAGUAUCUCAGGGAUAACAAAACAGAAUAAAAGGCAAAAGCUAUAAAGCAAGAAAAGUUUUGUAUGCGCGAUAUAAAAACAUGCUCAUGGAUCAGAGAAUCAAAGCCUUGUGGAAGGCUGAGAAGAUCUGAAGAUUCAAACAGGUGCUGUUGGAGGAAUAAGUGUAAAUCAAGAAUGCAGCUCUGAUUUUGCUCAUUCAAAUACUUUUUGUAAAUUGGUUUGUAAUUAUGGAAAAUAUUAUGAAUUUCAGCAUGAAGAGCAAUACUUAAUAAACUUUUGUAACUUUUAGUAUCUAGGAUCUUCUACAGAGUAUAUCAAGAUAAUUUAAAAUGUAAAAUUGUUUAAUAUUACGUUAUUUACUUUUUAUUCCCAUUACCAUGCAGAGUCGUGUUUUUUGUGAGGGGGAUACAAGACCUAAUGCCAAUAAAACAAACAAAAAAAAUGUAUAUUUGGUUUUCAUAAACUUAUUUUGCUUCCAAUUUGCCUUAUUGAUCUUUUAACCAUGUGUUUCCAGUCCUUGUUCACAAGUAUCCCUUAUAUACCACAUGCUGGGUUGUAUUAUAUAUCUGCUUCAUUAAUGGUGUAAUUGAGUUUUGACGGCGCGCAACCUGUGUACCAAGUAUACACCUUAUCUAUUGGUUUGUUGGCUGAUGUUUGAAGUCCAGGGCUAACAGACAUUUAGGAUCAAAUAGCACUUCUUUCUUUUGUGCCUGUUUGCACAGAUGUGUAUGUAUAGCUUUUUUAUAUACAUAACACACAUUUUAAUACAAUCUUUGGAUUUUCUUUUCUUUUAAGCUUAACUGUUUUUUUUCUGAACAGAUCAAUUAAUGAAGAUGCUCUAUAUAAAGUGCUGCCCAACAAUAUGAUGAACAAAGUAGAUCCCAACGUUGCUUCAUAAGAUUCAUUUGAUGCUCAUUAUAUUUUGUCCCAAAUGUUUUUUCUGUUGUACAUAUUCAGCAUGGGUCUGAGCCUCUAAAAUAAAGAUGCUGCUAGCAGUGGAUAUACAAACUAAGGUCUAUAUAAUAUUCCAGAUGGAAACUUAAAAGGUAGCAAAUGAAAAUCUCAUUUAGAGUCUAUGGAGAAUUAGUGCUACUAUACUAUAGGUUUUUUUAAGCCUUUCAUUUGGAACAUGGUUAUAGCCCUAAGUUUUGAAAGCAACAUUAUCUUUUCUUGUAUUUAAAAUAUCUUACUGUAACAAAUGUUCAAUGUCCUUUUAAUUCCUAUUUUAUCUGUUCAAGAAACCUUUUUUUUUUUUUUUUUUUUUAAACCCAAGUUUGUGUUGCUAUUUGUAUUGAAAAUGCACUGUAACAUUGUUUAUGAAGCUUUUGGGGGGUUUAUGUGGUGUUCUGUGUGUUGCAUCACUUUAAAUAAUUUUCUAGUGUAAAAAUAAAAUACUUAUUCAUAAUAAAUUCCUAUUUCUUACAUAUGUGUUUAACCCACGCAAAAGGUCAGUAUGCUCCAUGCCCCUCUAAUGGGAUGUUGUGGGUGGCGCUUAGGGUAUAUGGAUGGAAGCAGCUCCCUGAUAGGCUUACCAUUCACGUAUUUAUCUGUAGCUGCAUAUGAAUAGUGUUUAACUAAUUGUAUGUCUUAAACACGUAGUAAGAUUUUAUUUUUUAUUCCCUUAGGAAAUCAUUACAUUUUUACACUAGAAUGUCUAAGGUUUUACUCAAAAGCAGUUUGUUGCUGAAAAAAAACACAUUUUUUUUGUAUGUUUACAUUUUUUUUCCAUUAUUUUAUUGGAAGUGGUAUGCAAUCUUAAGCUUUUGUAAAUGUUUUUACCCACUAAGCACUGCAGUCUGAAUACUUCACCUCAUUUUUUCUUAAGAUGUUUUCAGAUUUUUUUUUAUAUAUAUAUAUUUAUAUUGGAACAAUGCUGCUCUAGAUACAGGUAUUUUGUUUUCCUUAUUUACAUUUCAAUCAACUUUGAAACCCAGCAUCAGUUUUCUCUUUAAAAUAUCUAGCAUUUAUAAUAGACUUCAGAGAUUUAUACAGUUGUACAUACAUUUGUAUAUUAAGUGUGAAGCUAUUUAAUAACAGUGACUAUGAUUUUUAUUUUUCCAUCUACUGUUCAGUUUUUUUGUGCAAGAAAAAAUUAAAUAGGAAAUUAUAGUUUUCAUGUGGAUUCCCCCAACCCUCCCCCCCCCCCCCCCAAAUAAUUCUCUCGUCAUGCUCUGAAACUUUAUGGCUUUAACACUCUUCUGGUAGAGCUGCAACAAAAUACGUUAUUCAGCAAAGGGGUAUAUGUAAGGUUAAUGUAGUCUUUCAGCUUCUUUCAUUUCUUAACCAGUUUUUUUAUAUACUUAAAGGCUGGCAUUGUUUUGCACAAGGUAUGGUGACAGUGAUUCUUUCCCUUAAAGAUUGAUCAUAUAAUUAACUUUGUCCAUUUAACUUUUGUCAUGUCAGUUUCUAAUAAAAGAUUAAAAGAAAAA